CCUCCCCAUUCUUGUAACCAUAGAAACUGUUCAAGCAACAAAGAAGAUGCUAACAACAGCUUUCCCAAAAUAACGCAACUCUACAGAUCCUGUAGGCCAAGAUGGAUCAAUAUUCACAGGAUCUGGGAUAUCCAGCAGAGUCAGCUCAGCUUGUGAAAUCCUUGCUGGAGGCACACCGCCACACGAAGGAGGAGAGCUGUUCUCACGGAGAGACGGAGAUUCACUGGGCCGCUUGCAAAGACUUCACAAUCGAAAAGGGGAAGGGGCAGAUUGACGACUAUAUCAAAACGUGGAAGAUCCAACCCCACUGGCUUCACAGUGUGGACUUUCUCUGCUCAACCGAGGAGGAGAACCAGACCUUCUACCACUACCGGGCCCGCUUCAGCACGCCGUCGCCGCGGAAGCCGAUCCAGGGAACGGCUAGCGUCUACUUCGCCAUGGAGCUAUCGAAAGUUAAACCCCAAACCGUGCCGGUGCAGGUGCGCUUCAUAAUAGAGUCAAACCGACUGGUACACACGCCUGGGAAGACCACGUUCAGAGAGAAGUGGCUGGUGGACGUUAUUGAGAGCAAGACUUUGCUCAGAGAAAUGGUGGACAUUUAAGCCAACGGACUGCUAAAGCUCAGAGAUCAUUCGAUCAGCUAACUGUUAGCUAACAGGGCGGCUCUGAGUUUGAAUCAGUAGCUUUUGAAUAAAACGACCUAUCGGCGA